AUGAUGGAACAAAAAAUUAAGACACAAUUAUUUAUUAAAUUUACUACGUUGAUCCUUUUAAGUUGGAUAUGUUAUUUUUACAUUAAAAUGAAUGUUCUUAAGAAAUCUUUUGGUGAAAGUUGGAAACAUCACAAAAGGUUAUACGCAAGAACGUGUCGUUUACUAGCAAAAUACAAGCAAAAUAAUGAUUCAAGUAGUGUACGUUUAAAAGGAGAAAUGAAAAUUAACAGAGUGUACGAAAAAAAAGAUAUAUCUUAUAGUGAAAAAGAUGACUCGAGAAAAAAGAAACAGUCAAACCCAUAUCUUUCAAAUAUUUCAGGAGAUAAUAAAGGAACUAUAAAAAAUAAAUCUUGUACAUUUGAAACCAAGAAAUAUUCCCAUUUAGAAAAAAAAAUAUUCAAGGAACUUGAUUAUACGGAUUUUCUUAGAAAUAACAAGACAAUUAGUAAUCAGGUUUACAACAAAGUAAUGCGUAAAAAAUACGGAUUACGAAUUGUUUUACCUGUAUUAAUCUUCUUGUUUAUAUUAAUAAUAUUUAUACUAGAAGUAUCACUGACAUUUGGAAAUAAAGGUAGUUUAUUGUAUCAACUAGGCUUAAAGAAAGAAUAUUUAAAACCUAUAACAGAGGAAUCUCCAUGGAAGUCUAUUAUAGAAGAACUAAAAAAGUUAGAAGGAUUUUUUACGCACAGUGUAUCAACAGCACAAGGAGCAAAGGUUACAUGCAUUAUGUGCGAAGCAGCAAGCAAUGUUAGUGAUAUAUGCAUAUUAGGACAAUUUUUUCGUAUUCUAAUAAAUUUUGUACCUUUUAUUUUAUUGAGUAUUGCUCUAAUAUCAGGAAUUAUUUAUUACCAUAAAAAAGUUAAAAAAUAUGAAAAAAUUAAAUUCAGAAACAGAGAAAAAUAA